UCAAAUUCAGUCAAGUACCCCACAUUAGUAUUGUUUAUUUCAACGUCUAGUAAAGCAGCAGAACCAAAUUUUAUACUACAAAUUCAAAAUAAAAAGGAAAAAUGGUAUCCAUAAAAGUAAUUUUAACUUUAUGCAUUGUAUCUACAGCAAUAAUUCAGGUUUACAGUAAACCAGCUGAACCACAAUCAGACUUACUCAAUCAAUUAGAAAAAUCCUUCAAAGAUUUAAACAACAAAAUUAAAGAUGCUAUGAAUUCUGAAAGUGUAGACAUGUAUAAAAAGAAGUUAAACGGUUAUCUAGACGAGUUGAACAAUAAUUUAAAAUCUUAUUCAAAAUCGUUCGAAAAUUCUGAAUUUGGAAAACAAGCAAAUAAGCAAUUUUCAUCGGCAGUGGAAAUUUACAACCGUAACGCUCCAGCAGAUUUUUCAUCUCAAAAAGUGAACGAAAAGCUUGAAAGUGCCUGGAAAUCUACAAUCGAAUGGUUUAGAAAGAUGACUAAUUAAGAGAAUAUUUAUAAAACAAACUUUACUUUGAGAUUAAUUAUGUAAAAGACCUAAAAUUAAAACCAAAUGAAGCUGAGAAUGGAUAUAAAUUAAAAUCAUCUUACAUUAAUUCAGGCAAUAUGACAUUUAACUUCAUAAUAUGUGAACUACGAUGAACAUGUUUAACUAUUUAUUAUUUAGAUAUAAAUAAAAAUAAAUUGAUUGAUUUAA